AUUCCUCUGCCACCUUCCCAUAUUCCUGCUCCCCAGAGUCCAUGUUAUAUAAACCAGAAUUUUGUUAUCAAGUUUCAUCAAAUCAUAAGCCUGAAUACAUACUAGAGCUACAAGAGAGUAGACAGAAAAUGGCUAAAUCGAUUAGCAUUAUCAUGCUUGUGACUCUUCUAACAUUUGCACCACUCUGCUUCUCUCGCAAAACUGACACAGGUUAUCUGUAUCCUCAGUUCUAUGAUCGUUCUUGCCCAAAGGCGGCUGAGAUAGUGAAGUCCAUUGUUUCCAGUGCUGUUGCAAAAGAAACUCGCAUGGCUGCUUCCCUGCUCCGCCUUCACUUCCAUGACUGUUUUGUCAAGGGAUGCGAUGCAUCAAUACUCUUAGACGGCAGCAGUGGUAUAAUCAGUGAAAAAGGGUCUAACCCUAACCGAAAGUCUGUACGUGGUUUUGAUGUUAUUGACCAGAUAAAAUCAGCACUUGAGAGUGCAUGCCCUCAGACGGUCUCUUGUGCUGAUAUCAUGGCUCUGGCAGCCAGGGACUCUACUGUUCUGACUGGGGGACCGAGCUGGGAGGUUCCUCUAGGAAGAAGGGACUCGAGAGGGGCGAGUUUGAGUGGCUCCAACAACAACAUUCCUGCUCCAAACAACACUUUCCAGACAAUAUUGACCAAAUUUAAGCUACAAGGACUUGACAUAGUCGAUCUUGUGGCACUCUCUGGAAGUCACACAAUCGGGAAAUCAAGAUGUGUCAGCUUCAGGCAGAGGCUUUACAAUCAAUCAGGCAAUGGACAGCCAGAUUAUGCAUUGGAUCAAUACUACUCUGCGCAACUCAAAACUCGCUGCCCGAGGUCUGGUGGUGACCAAAACCUUUUCUCUCUAGACUUUGUUUCACCAACAAAAUUCGACAACAGCUACUUCAGGAAUUUGCUUGCUUCAAAGGGCCUGUUAAACUCUGACCAAGUUCUUGUGACCAAGAAUGAAGCUUCCCUUGAGCUAGUGCGAAAAUACGCUGAGAACAAUGAGGAAUUCUAUGAACAAUUUGCUAAGUCCAUGGUUAAGAUGGGUAACAUUUUUCCACUGACUGGUAAGAGGGGAGAGAUCAGGAAGAGUUGCAGGAAGAUAAAUACUUGAGAAACACCACAUCACUUGGAAAAAUUACUGUCAGCUGUCUAUGCAUUCCUAGUUUUCACCCUUUUUACCCUUCUUGUUUUACCUUGUCAUCAGCUUGAUUUCUACAUUGAAUACUGUAUUGGACUUCUUGGUCCUUGAGAUUUAUGGGCACAGUUUCAUUAUACUUCUCUGUA